GUAGAAGUAAUUUUCAAUAAGUUUACUAUUGGUAAAGAUCGUGUGUGCUAAUUAAAGAUAUUAAUUAUAUCUCUAGAGUAAAUAUAGAAAUAGAAUAGCUCCUUGAAGAAAGAGAAAAGAGAUAUAAUACAAUAUAGAAUGUAUAUUGAACAACAACAAUAACUCUAACAACACAUAUAUUCGAAGGAUUAAAAGAUGUUUUACAUCCUCUGGGAUGAUCUCUAGAUGUCUUUGCAAAUUGUUAAGGAGAAUGAGAGAUUGGUCUAUAGAAUCCAGAUGGUAAGGAAGCUUCUUCGACAUACAAGGAAAGAGAAAAAAUUUUUAAUCGAUCGAUUGAAUCAACAUGGAGACCGUUGGCGCGAGGCACCAAUGGGUGUACUAGAGGAGAACAGUGUAUUCGAAACAACUCCAAAGUCAGAGAAAGGAGGGAAAGGUGCCUCUCACAAUACUAAAGAUGAGAAACCUAGAAAAGGAACAAAGAGAAAGGGUGCAAAAGCUGAUCCAAAUGCGCCAAAGAGACCUGCUAAUCCUUUCUUCCAGUUUUGUCAAGAGCAGAGACCUCGUGUAAUGGAACGCUUAGCUGGAGAACCGGAACCUAGUAAACAAGAGCUUACUAGACAACUUGCGACCACUUGGAAAUCUCUCAGCUCUGAAGAUAAGAAAAUAUAUUAUGACAUGUAUGAAAGAUCCAAGGAGAAAUAUGUCGCUGAAAUGCAAAUAUAUAACAAAAAGACUGAAGAAGCACCAUGUCAAAUGAUAAAUACAUCGUAAUAAAUAUAUAAACAACUUUCUUGUGGAAGAUAAUUAUAUUAAUUAUAUUAACAUAAAUUAUAAUGAUAGUUAUAUAUACAGGAUAUCCCAAAUUUGUUGACAAUCGAUAAAUCCUUUAGAGAUUUUGACAUUUAAAGUCAAA